UAAAUUUGUGAUUAAAAUGCAUGUGUUAAACCCUAUAUAAGUAUUCCCUAAAACCAUAAGCCAAAACCACCUCUUAUUAUAUGAAUUAAUUUUUAUAAUAAUAAUUACCAAUUAUUGUGGUUUUGCUCUACCAAUUAUAGUACUUCUAUAGUAUACAUGUAUUAUCAUAUUGUACUACAAUAUUAUGUAUGAGAUUGAGGCAACAAUGCUAUCCAAUUCACCAUCUCCAAACCUCGUUAUACCCAAUUUUCAUAGUGGUUUGGAGUUGCAUGAUUUCUUCGAUGGCACCCACAACAUUAUUAGUGAAGAUCAGUUUGUGAACCUAUUAAUUCGUGGGGCUGAAACUGAUCAAUACCCUUUUGUUAAUUUUGAUCACUGUGAUUUUAUUAAUAGCUUCGUUGACGAUCAUCAUGAUGAUCCAAUAAUGGUUCCACAAGACCAUGUGUUUGAUUUCAAUAAAGGAAUUAGUACUGUUACUAAAGGGCCCAUAAUUAAUGAUAAUCCAAAUAAAAUUACACAGUUCAUGAAUAGUAGUCUUGCUACGCCAACUUUUGAUCGCCAUCCUCAGGAAGUAAAAUCAGGAGAUGGUGAUGAAAAUCGUGGAAAUCAUUAUGAAUGUAAUAAUGAUAAAGAGGAUGAAGAAGAAGAAGAGGAUGACGAAGAAGAGAAUGAUCGGCAAGAGUCUUCUGAAACCAAUACUGGAAGUACAAGUGCAAAUUCAGCCAAGAAAACCAAUGUGAAAGCCGGUGACAAAUCCAAAACUUUGAUUUCAGAGAGGAGGAGAAGAGGAAGAAUGAAGGAGAAGCUCUAUGCAUUGCGUUCUUUAGUCCCUUUUAUAACUAAGAUGGAUAAGGCUUCUAUUGUGGGUGAUGCUGUAGUUUACCUGAGGGACCUGAAAAAGCAGGCAAAUAAUUUGAAAGAUGAGAUUGCAAGUCUUGAAACUUCUUCACUUGGAUCACAUCAAAUAUACCAACAAAAAACAUCCAUUAAUAGUAACCCAACUCAGAUUCAAAUUUUUCAUUCUAAAAACACCACUAUUAAUCAACUGAUUUUCAAAAAAAUUGAUCAGAUGGACAUUUUUCAAGUGGAGGAGAGAGGGUUUUACAUGAGAUUAGUGUGCAACAAAGGAGAAGGUGUUGCUGCCUCACUUUACAAGGUUGUCGAAUCGCUUACUAGCUUUAAUGUUCAGACCUCUAACUUGGCUUCUAAGCUCGACGGAUUUGAACUAACACUUACUUUACGGGUGAAAGAUACUGUGCAGGAGAUGAACUUGCCAAAUAUCAAAGUUUUGGUGGUUGGAGCCCUUCUCAACCAUGGCUUUGAAUUAAAAUCACCUUUUUACCAUAAUUGUCGUGUAACUCAGUCAUAGUAUUGCCCAAUUAUGAUAUGAUUGAGAACCCCUUAGAAAAGAGUCAGUUAUGUUAGUUUUUCUUACGUUCUCACUAAUCAAAUGUAUAUAUAUUCAGCUCUUGUCUGUAUCUUGGUGGAACAUAAGUGAUCACAUAUUCAAAACUAAGAGAAUCCUAGAGAGAAAAAGAGGGUUGUACAGAGUAUCGGUGUACCUGAUCCUAUAACUCUCAUGUGAUCAAGAAUUUGUACUUGUAAUCCCUUAGCUUUGCUUGUAAUCUGUUUGUGUUUGAACAUUAAUUAUUGAAUAAAGAUCCUCAGCAUUAUGGUUGUUCUCCA